AUGUCAAACUGGCAGAGUCCACCCAAUGCUGCAUAUCCAAGUCAACCAGGACCUGCAGGAAACUUUGAUCAAUCAUAUCCACCACCAGGUCCAGGUUUUGUACCACCAGGAGGAGGUAAUUUUGGUCAAGGUCCAUUACUACCACAACCAGGAGUAAUACCACCAUCCGGCAUGUACAGUACAAGUUAUCCAGAAGAUCCAACACAAGAUGAAGCCAAGGGUUUUGAUUUUAGUGAAAAAAGUAUACGUUUGGGUUUCAUCAGAAAAGUUUAUUCACUUCUUAUGAGUCAGCUAUUGCUGACAUUUGGAAUUGUUGCUUUUAUUUUUUUUCAUCCAGCAACAAAUUCAUUUGUAAAAAGUAAUAGAUGGUUAUUUUGGGUUGCAUUUGUUGUUGGGUUUGUUACUCUUAUUUGUAUGGUAUGUUGUUCAACUGUCGCACGUAAAACACCAAUGAAUUAUAUUUUUCUAUUUAUCUUCACUGGUGCUGAAAGUUUUCUUGUUAGUGUAAUUACAACAAAAUAUCGUGGAGAAGAGAUACUUCUUGCUUUUGGAAUAACGAUUGUUCUUUGUUUUUCAUUGACUUUGUUUGCCUUCCAAACGAAAUGGGAUUUCACAGGAUUACAUACUGUUUUAUUUGUUUGUUUAAUUGGACUAAUGAUUUUCAGCAUCCUUACAAUAUUUUGGACAGAUAAAAUAAAAGUAAUUAUAUAUGGCUCAUUGGGAGCAAUAUUGUUUUCAUUUUAUCUUAUUUAUGAUACACAAAUGAUGAUGGGUGGUGAACACAAGUAUUCAAUAUCACCAGAAGAUUAUGUAUUUGCAACACUCAGUCUUUAUCUUGAUAUUAUCAAUAUUUUCCUUUAUAUUCUCCAGAUUAUUGGAGCAUCUGAUUAA